AUGCAACAAAGACAUGUCACAGGAGACAACAACAACUUCAACUCCGAAGUCAUGAUGACAAAGGAGAAAAGAGAGAAGCUUCAUGCGCCGUUGGUUGUUCAUAGUCAUAAUGAUUCGAUGAGAGUGCCGGUGUUUGUGAUGCUGCCAUUGGACACUGUAACAAUGGGAGGGACUUUGAAUAAGCAGAGAGCAUUGAAUGCUAGUUUGAUGGCUCUGAAGAGUGCGGGAGUGGAAGGAGUGAUGGUGGAUGCUUGGUGGGGUUUGGUGGAAAAAGUGGGGCCCUUGAAGUAUAACUGGGAAGGCUAUGCUGAACUUGUGCAAAUGGUUCAAAGGCACGGGUUGAAGCUGCAGGUUGUCAUGUCUUUCCAUCAAUGUGGAGGAAAUGUUGGAGACUCCUGCAGUAUUCCUCUGCCUCCAUGGGUCCUGGAUGAAAUCAACAAGAACCCUGAGCUGGUUUACACAGACAGAUCAGGGAGGAGGAAUCCAGAAUACAUAUCCUUGGGCUGUGAUUCAAUGCCUGUUCUGCGGGGAAGGACGCCCAUUCAAGUGUACUCUGAUUAUAUGAGGAGAUUCCGAGACAAAUUCAGAGAUUAUUUGGGCAGUGUUAUCAUUGAAAUUCAAGUGGGGUUGGGUCCUUGUGGGGAGCUGAGAUAUCCAUCUUAUCCUGAAAGCAAUGGAACUUGGAGGUUUCCUGGAAUUGGAGAAUUCCAGUGCUACGACAAGCUUCUUUGGAAGCAUCAGCUGAGGCCAUUGCGAAGAAAGAUUGGGGAAGAAGUGGACCCCAUGGCUCCGGCCAGUACAACCAAUUUCCUGAGGAAACUGUAUUUUUCCAAAGGGAAGGAACAUGGAACCCAGAAUAUGGACAAUUCUUUCCUUCACUGGUACUCCACCAAACUGCUUGAACACGGUGAGAGAAUCCUUGUGUCAGCCAAAGGCAUAUUCAACUCAUGUGGGGUGAAACUAUCUGCAAAAAUUGCUGGAAUUCAUUGGCACUACAAGGCAAGAUCACAUGCAGCUGAACUAACUGCAGGCUACUACAACACUCGGUUUCAUGAUGGGUACUUGCCAAUAGCACAAAUGCUGGCAAAACAUGGUGUAGUGUUCAACUUCACCUGCAUGGAAAUGAGGGACAAAGAGCAACCUGAGCAUGCUAAUUGCUCCCCAGAGGGGUUGGUUCAUCAAGUUAAGAUGGCAACCAGAACAGCAGGAGCAGAGCUUGCUGGGGAGAAUGCUCUUGAGAGAUAUGAUGCAGGUGCAUUUCCUCAAGUUUUGGCAACAAGUGCCUCUGGUUCUGGAUUGGCUGCAUUUACUUUUCUGAGAAUGAAUAAGAAGUUGUUUGAGGGAAACAGUUGGAGGCACUUUGUGGAGUUCGUGAAGAGCAUGUCCGAAGGUGGUAGGAGACAAAGGCUUCCACGCUCUGAUUCCUGUGGCACUCAUCUUUAUGUUGGACACAUCACAGGAAUUCAGAAGCAGCAAGAGCAGGCUCAAGAGGUUGCUCUUACGUGA